AUGUUUUCCAAGCUUUUACAAGUCUCCAUCUUUGCGAUCAUGAUCAGCUCCAGUUUGUGUUUCUCGAUCGAAAGUUGCAACGUUGGAUACAAGUCUGGUACCGAUACCAAGCAUGUUUGUCAAGCUUCGCACGGCCAAGGCGCCAAGGCGAUCUACUACAAUUGCCCUAUGAGCGGUUGUAACAUCCAGGAUCAUGGUGAAAUAUCGCGCUGUACGCCAGACCCCGGCCAGAAUGCGCCAGCUAUUUCUCCCAGCCGUGUAUUGAAGUGUGAAGAAUUCUACAGCACGACGCCCGAUGGCCAGAUACAUUGUCGAUCUCAACACCCGUAUCACUUUAUCGUCAAGUGUCAAAAAUGGAAACCUAUCGUCUGUGAUAACUGUCAAUCAACGUAG